AUGCCCUACGAACAUUGCGUGCCGCCUCCCUCCCCAAAUCCCAGUACCGUCACCUCGAACCUCAACCUCCGCGGCAAUCAUGACCGCCCCAAAAGUAGCAUCACCAACAAUCCCCCAAUUUUCCAACCCUUCAACUCCACCCUCUGGCUCCUCGACACGGAACAACAAUCCACACAACACACACACUACCAAAAGCUCCUCUCCCGAAUCUUCCACGCCCCCGAUUCCUGGUGGGUAGAAUUUCUCCAAAUCUGUAAUCUCACUCUACAACCUAAGUUCUCUUGCUCAAAAACGUCUGUAUGGAAUUUCUACACCACUUCACAGAUUAUAUCCAUGCGAUCUGAAUAUUUGACUGGUGGUAGAAUGUUUGAUGAUACGAGUGAGAGAUAUGUAAUUGGUUGGUUUUUUGUAUUAGGGAGUUGA